CGGGCAAGCGCAUUCCCCAGCCCUUUCUCUCCCAUUAUAUGUAUGUUUAUGUAGUUUGGAUCUAGAGAAAUCAUUCUGUUUGAAGGUUUGAUUACAGGAAAAUGGAGCAAGUCGGCGAAACAGAAGUGGAAUCUCAGGUCUAUAUGGCUUGCAUUGCACACAGUCAGCGAAUUGGAAUCUCUUACUACAAUUCAAGUGUUCGCCAACUCUAUGUGAUGGAAGUUUGGGAAGAUGGCAGACAGGAUUUUCCUCUAAUAGAUAUGGUAAAAUAUCAAGCCAAGCCUUUGAUCAUUUAUGCAAGCACUAAAACUGAAGAGUCCCUUUUAGUGGCUUUGCAACGACAUGAUGGAACAUGUGAGGUUCCAGUGAAGCUUAUGAAAAGCUCAUUAUUCAGCUAUGAGCAAGCAUGGCACAGAUUGAUAUAUCUUCGGGUAACAGGGAUGGAUGAUGGAUUGAACAUCAAGGAGAGAAUUAGUUUUCUUAGUUCUAUGAUGGACAUGGGAAGUGAACUUCAAGUUCGUGCAAGCGGAGGACUUUUGGCCAUACUUGAGAAUGAAAGGAUCAUAGAUACCAUUGAACAAAAGGAAGCUGGAACUACAAUUACAAUUGACUCUGUCACAGAGAUCUCAUUAGAUAAAUUUCUGAAGGUAGAUGCUGUUGCUCAUGAGGCAUUGCAAAUAUUCCAAAUAGACAAGCAUCCAAGCCAUAUGGGCAUUGGUAGAGCAAAGGAAGGGUUUUCUGUUUUUGGGAUGAUGAAUAAGUGUGUAACGCCAAUGGGUAGACGUCUGUUGAGGAGCUGGUUCUUGAGGCCUAUACUAGAUCUCAAUGAUCUUAAUGGUCGACUAAAUGCUAUAUCAUUCUUCCACCAUUCUGAAGAAUUAUUAGCUUCUUUACGGGAGACUCUGAAGUCUGUCAAGGAUAUACCCCACAUACUGAAGAAAUUCAAUUCCCCAAGUUCUGCAUGUACAACUGGUGAUUGGACAUCUUUUUUGAAGAGCAUCUCUUCACUCCUGCACGUGAACAUGAUAUUUGAAGUUGGCAUUUCUGGAAACCUUUCAGAACAAGUGAAGACUUUGAAUUUGGACAUUGUUGAAAAAGCCGGUUCAUUUAUCUCAAUGGAAUUGGCUUAUGUAUAUGAGUUGGCAAUUGGUGUUAUUGAUGUAAACAGAAGCAAGGACAAAGGUUAUGAGACAUUGGUGAAGGAUGGGUUUUGCGAUGAGUUGGAUGAGCUGAGGCAAAUAUAUGAGGAAUUACCAGAAUUUCUGGAAGAGGUUUUGUCAUUGGAACUUGAUAGACUUCCUAGUAUGUCUGGAGAAAAGUUUCUUCCUUCCAUUGUUUAUAUACAUCAAAUAGGAUACCUGAUGUGCAUUUUUGGAGAAAAACUUACUGAAACUACACUAGCAAGUCUUCAAGAUUUUGAAUUUGUAUUCUCAGAUGAAGAUGGUGACACCAAAAAAUACUUCUAUCGCACCUCCAAGACAAGAGAGUUGGAUAGCCUUCUUGGAGAUAUGUAUCACAAAAUCUUAGACAUGGAGAGGGCAAUUACUAGAGACUUGGUGUCACGCAUUCUUCUAUUUGCAGCACAUCUUCUCAAGGCUGUGAGUUUUGCAGCCGAACUUGAUUGCCUUCUAUCACUUGCACUGGUUGCACGCCAAAACAAUUACGUGAGGCCAAUUUUGAGUAUGGAGAACUUGCUUGAGAUACGGAAUGGAAGACAUGUCUUGCAGGAAAUUACAGUAGACACCUUCAUCCCAAAUGAUACAAAGAUCGAUCAUGAUGGAAGGGUUAACAUCAUUACAGGUCCCAAUUAUUCGGGGAAAAGUAUCUACAUAAAGCAGGUAGCUUUAAUUGUUUUCCUUUCCCACAUUGGAAGUUUUGUGCCAGCAGAUGCUGCUACUGUGGGCUUGACUGACAGGAUAUUCUGUGCAAUGGGAAGCAAACUUAUGAUGGCUGAGCAGUCAACAUUUAUGAUUGAUCUGCAUCAAGUAGGAAUUAUGCUUAGGCAUGCAACUCCUCGAUCUUUAUGCUUGUUGGAUGAAUUUGGUAAAGGCACUCUUACUGAAGAUGGUGUAGGUCUACUGGGUGGAACUAUGAAUCAUUUUGCCAAUUGCUCCGACCCUCCAAAGGUUUUGGUCUGCACUCAUUUGACCGAGAUAUUUUAUGAUAGUUGCUUACUGGAGUCUGAAAAAAUUAAGUAUUACACCAUGAGUGUGCUAAGACCAGAUGACAAUACAGAUGUUGAAGAAAUUGUAUUUCUAUACAGGCUUGUUCCUGGACAUGCACUUCUUAGCUACGGGUUACAUUGUGCAUUACUUGCCGGUGUUCCUGAGGAAGUUAUAAAGAGAGCAGCAUUCGUGUUAGAUGCCAUCGGAACAAAUAAGCACAUUGAGCGAGUCCGCAACGAGAAGAUAUCAGCUCAAGAUCAGCAAUACCAGGAUGCAGUUGACAAGAUGUUAAACUUUGAUGCUCUCAAGGGAGAUCUUAACCUCUUCUUCCAGGAUAUCUUUCCUCAUUAAAUUUUCCUGAAAACACGAGAGCGGCCCUCAUCUUUGCCCAUCUAUGAAUUCAUGAGUACAGGUAAGUUGGAGCUUGUCAUGAUUUCCUCCACAUUUAGGAUUUUCGCAAUGAACUGCUAAGAUCGAAAAUUGUUCUUCUUUUGGCAUCAAUAUUUGAGCAGUAUAAUCAGUUUCUAUCUGAUCAAAGAAUUUUGCAAUUUGGCAUAUCUGUUAUCUUGAUUGAUGACAUACAUAAAUGCAUAAAAAUAUAGUUCCAUA